CACAUAAAUGUCGAUAGAAGGCGCCAUGCAACUUUGGCAUUUGCCAUUCACUUGGCAGCUUUAGCCUUGGCCACGAAGCCUACGGAUUUGUGGUUGGCAGCUUUCACGACUAAAUAGAUUCCACUUACACCUAUUGUUCCUGUCCUAUCGAUGAUCUGAUUGAUCGCUCGCUCCUUUGGGCCCCAGUCACAUGCCACCUCGCCUGCAUAUCGCUGGAGACGACCCUGAAUUUGAUCCUGAAACCAUUCAACACUGGAAGGAAGAGGGCUACCAUGUUAGCUACCACUUCUGCGACAGGAACGACCCAAAGCCUUUUCAGAGGCUUCUCAAGUCUCUGUCUGAUGAUUUAGAGCUCGGCGAGGCAUAUGCGCUAGUGACAUAUGGCCAUGCAGCAUCACAGGCUCUAGCUGUACAUAUAAAGCCCCAGCCACGGCUCUGCGCGCUCAUUGCGUAUUAUCCAGACACAGUCGUGCACGCAAAUGCAAAGUAUCCUUCACAGUUGCAGGUACUCUGCCAUCUGGCGGGAACGCAGCAGUUCAGUCCAAGCUUUAAGAGCUACCGAUAUCCACAGACGCAGGAGGGCUUCGCAGAGAGCGAUCUCGAAGAAUAUGACAAGGUUGCUGCAGGUCUGAGUUGGAGUCGAAGCCUUGCUGCUGUUCGCAGGGGCUUCAAACGUGAAAACUCGGACCUUGAAGCUGUCUGGGAAGACCAUGUCGCUUUGACAUUUACGCAUCGUGAAGCUGCUGGAACUGUAAGGACCAUGCGACCUAAGGCAACUCUGCAUUGCGUGCCAACCAUGACGGGAGGGAUAGGCCAGAAAGAGCUCCUAAAAUUCUACCGGGACUUUUUUAUUCCUUCUACUCCUCAAUCACUAAGUAUCAGACUUAUUUCGCGGACAAUCGGGGAAGACCAGGUUGUUGAUGAAAUGUUUGUAGCAUUGCGACAUACGCAAGAGAUUGACUGGUUGCUUCCAGGAGUUCCACCCACAAACAAACAGAUCGAGAUCAUGAUUGUGAGCGUAGUCGGAGUACGAGGAGGCAGGUUGGUCCAUGAAAGGCUAUACUGGGAUCAAGCAAGUGUUCUGGUUCAAAUUGGCCUAUUAGAUCCAAAGCUUGUACCAAAAAGCAUGCAAGACAAGGGCAUGGAACGACUGCCAGUCGCUGGAAAGGAGGCUGCACGCAAAGUCCUUGACAUUGAGGAAAUUCCUGGUAAUACUUUAAUACCGGACUGGAACGAUGGAGAACCAUCCAACGGUGCUCGUGGCUCCUGAAAAUUCGAUCGAAUCCGGUGGCUUGAAUUGUAUCGACAAUUGAAUGUGUCAGAGUGCUCUGGGAGCAAUUGCACUUACGCCAUAAAGGUACAAGUCGGUAAACGAUAGGUCUUGAGCUUCCAAUAUGGCCG